GCCAUGAGAGAGUACAAAGUGGUGGUGCUGGGCUCGGGCGGCGUGGGCAAGUCCGCGCUCACCGUGCAGUUCGUGACCGGCUCGUUCAUCGAGAAGUACGACCCCACCAUCGAGGACUUCUACCGCAAGGAGAUCGAGGUGGACUCGUCGCCGUCGGUGCUGGAGAUCCUGGACACGGCGGGCACGGAGCAGUUCGCGUCCAUGCGGGACCUGUACAUCAAGAACGGCCAGGGCUUCAUCCUCGUCUACAGCCUGGUCAACCAGCAGAGCUUCCAGGACAUCAAGCCCAUGCGGGACCAGAUCAUCCGCGUGAAGCGGUACGAGCGCGUGCCCAUGAUCCUGGUGGGCAACAAGGUGGACCUGGAGGGCGAGCGCGAGGUCUCGUACGGCGAGGGCAAGGCCCUGGCCGAGGAGUGGAGCUGCCCCUUCAUGGAGACGUCGGCCAAAAACAAAGCCUCGGUGGACGAGCUGUUCGCCGAGAUCGUGCGGCAGAUGAACUACGCGGCGCAGCCCAACGGCGACGAGGGCUGCUGCUCGGCCUGCGUGAUCCUCUGAGGCGCCCCCGGCCGCCGCGCGCCGGCCGCGCUCUGCGCACAAAAGCCAAACGCACCGACUCUCGGUGGGAUUGCUCCUCUGCUCGGAGGUUGGAGACGACUUUGCAUGGGCCGGGGGUUGUCCCGGGAGCCCGGCCGGCCCCCGCCUCCACCCUGUGCCCGAUCAGGGGGGUGUCCCGUCCUGACCAUCCGAGACCCUGGUGGAAAUGUGGCUCUUUGCAGCUUGUACGUUUCUCAUCGAUUUCGGUUGACGCGUAUUUCCCCGUUUCAGUAGCAGCAUCGCAUCGGCAGUUUGACACCUGACAAGCAAAAGUUUCCGCUUUGGGAAAGAAUCAAAUUAAAUAAUGGGGGAGGGGUGGAGGAAAAGGAGGGGGAGAAGGUGGAGAGGGGGGAUUUUUGUGUGGGUGUGUCUGUCUGUCUGUGUGUGUGUGUGUGUGUGUGUGUGUGUGUGUGUGUCAGUGUGUCAACAACCGUUUUCUAGUUCCAAGUUUUAAAUACAUGGAAGGAAGUCCGGGGGAACCAUAUGAAGGAGCAGGAGGAGAGGAAGAAACUUUAGUUUUUUCCUUGUUUUCCAGGAGUAGCUGGAAAUUAAGAUCGGGUUCCUUUUCUGCCAGCUUGGAAGGGCAACCCCAUGACUGUUUGCGAUUCUGAGGAUGUCUAUGCAAAGUUGGAUUCUAGUUACAGUGUAUCCAAUCUGAAGUAUUGCACAUCUGAACUGGGACUGUUAACACUGAUGCCAAUACAGUGUGGGCUGCCAGCAAGUGUCUGCUGAUAUUUGUGGAAAAAAAAUCUAUUUUGUUUACCUACUGUAUCCAAGGGGAAUCUGGGGGGAGAACGGUAGUAUUUUUUUUUAUCAGCUGUGAAAAAAAUGUUACAAAUCUGCACAUUUUUGUGUGUACUAUUGUGUGUGUGUGUGUGUUUUAAGUUGAGCUUUUUUUGUUUUUGUUUCGGUUGGCAGGAACCGAUUUUAAUGACUAGCUUUUUAAAAUACAGUACAAAGACUUUGUAAAUGUGAUUCAGGGCCCCCAGCACCCCUGUGUCUGCAGAGUGCCUUCAAAACUCAGCUGUUCCAGCCGGUGCCAACCUGUGAACUCUCCCACCAGAUCUCAGAAUCUGCUAUUCCCCAAACCACUUCCCAGCUUCCUUUCAGUAAUCUUCCUGAAGGAGCCAGGACAAUAGGGCCUGUUGUUUAGAGAAUCUCGUGAUUAUUUUCAGCCUUUAAAAUGUAAUUUCCAUCUCUUGCAAUGAAUUUGUUGCCUUUUUUUUUUUUUUUUUUUUGCUUCAUUUUGUUCAAAUGUUCAGGUAUUUAGCUCCCCUUUUGUGUUAUUUUAAAAUUUCUUUGGUUAUCUGUUAUAGGGUGUUCCUCCAGCAGCAAAGAGCAAAAUUUUUCUGUUGUGAUGUACCAAGAGAAUUCUAACUCAUUGUAAUUUUUAAUUCCAUGCGUUUAAUCAUUGUCUUUUCAUUUUAAGACUUUUAAUACAAAUGUCAUUUUUAAAGAAACAAAUCCA